GGGCUGGCAGUGGGGAUGAGGCCCGGGAUGGGAUCUCCCCCAUGGGACAGUGGGGCUGGGGAAGCCCUGCUGCCCCCAAACCACUAUUGUCAGCCCUGACCCACACACACCCCACAGAAACCAUUCACCCUGUGCCCCAGAGCCACCCUGACCCACAGCACCCCACAGGCACCCCUCACCCUGCUCCCCAGCAUCGCCCUGACCCACUGACACCGCUCAUCCUGUCCCCUAGGGCCACCCCGACCCAAGGGGACCCCACGGGGACACGCCACCAGCCAGCCCCUGACCCCGUCCAUAGGGCUGCCCGCUGCCAUCCCAUCGCCACUGGGGUGAGCUCGCCCCACGCCUGCCUCCCCUCCACCGACUCCCCGCACACCCUAAUUAAUGACCCCGCUUCGUAAACAGGAAGGCAGCAGCCCUGCCCCAUGCGCUGCGCCGUGCUCAGCCCCACGGCGAUGCUCCCCAGAUCCCGGGGAGCACAAACCCCAAAGGGAGCACAGAUUCACCCCAAACCGGUGCCGUGAUGGAGGUGCCCCCACCUCGCUGCGGGACCCUCCCGGCCCGUGCCCCCCUCCCGACGCAGCGAUGGAGGAAGAGCCCAGCUGCUGCCAGGAUGCGGCCAAGUUGGCAGCAGGCGAGGGGCUGGGCGCCGAGAUGCAGCUGGACGACGUGGUGGGGACGCACCCCGACUACAACGAGGAGGAGGAGGAGCAGAAGUACUUCCGCCGCAAGCGCCUCGGCGUGGUGAAGAACGUGCUGGCCGCCAGCCUGGCCGCCACGCUCACCUACGGCGUCUACCUGGGCCUGCUGCAGAUGCAGCUCAUCCUGCACUACGACGAGACCUACCGGGAGGUGAAGUACAGCAACAUGGAGCUGGAGGACAUCGACCGCAAGGUGCUGAUGGGCAUCAACGUCACGCCGGUGGCGGCGCUGCUCUACACGCCCGUCCUCAUCCGCUUCUUCGGCACCAAGUGGACCAUGUUCCUGGCCGUGGGGAUCUACGCCCUCUUCGUCUCCAGCAACUACUGGGAGCGCUACUUCACGCUGGUGCCCUCCGCCGUGGCCAUCGGGGUGGCCAUCGUGCCCCUCUGGGCCUCCAUGGGCCACUACAUCACACGGAUGGCGCAGAAGUACUACGAGUACGCCAACUACAAGGAGGAGCACGUGCAGGAGCAGCGGCAAGCACCGCGGGGCGCCUGCAGCACCUACAUCGUCAUCUUCCAGACCAUCUUCUACGCCUGCUUCCACCUGAGCUUCGUCUGCGCACAGAUGCCCAUGCUCUUCUUCCUCAACAACUACCUGUACCAGCUCAACCACACGCUAUAUGGGGUGAAGCACUGUGGGACGCUGAGCCACGGCACGCUGCCCGGCUUCAACAAGACGGUGCUGCACAGCCUGCCCCGCAGCGUCAACCUCAUCAUCGUGGAGAGCGCCCUGAUGGCGGCCGCCUUCCUCGCCAUGCUGGUGGUCCUGCUGCUGUGCGGCUCGGCCUACCGGCCCACCGAGGAGAUCGACCUGCGCAGCAUCGGCUGGGGGAACAUCUUCCAGCUGCCCUUCAAGCACAUGCGGGACUACCGCCUCCGCCACCUCCUCCCCUUCUUCAUCUACAGCGGCUUCGAGGUGCUCUUCGUCUGCACCGGCUUCUCCCUGAACUACGGCGUGUGCGCCCUGGGGCUGGAGAAGUUGGCAUACCUCCUCAUGGCCUACGGCUUCUCCGCCUCCGCCUGCUCCAGCCUGGCACUCUGCACGCUGCGCCUGCGGCGGCAGUGCCCGCUGCUGGCCGGAGCCUUCGUCCACGCCGCCAUCCUGGUGACGCUCUUCUGCUGGGCGCCCGAGCCCCGGCAUGUGGUGCAGGCACCUCUGCUCUACUCCAUAGCCGUGCUCUGGGGCAUGGGCAGCGCCCUCAACAAGACCGGCAUUAGCAUCCUCCUGGGCAUGCUGUACGAGGACAAAGAGCGCCAAGACUUCGUCUUCACCAUCUACCACUGGUGGCAGGCGCUGGCCAUCUUCGCCGUGUACCUGUGGUCGGGGCUGCCCAUGAAGGCCAAGCUCUCCAUCAUGCUGCUGGCGCUGGGGCUGGCGGCCGGCUCCUACCUGUGGAUGGAGCGCAAGCUGGCGCAGCGCGUGUCCUACCGCCUGCCCCGCAUCCCCCGCCCGCGCCACAAGAUGAAGGGCUACCGCUACCUGGAGGAUGACGACUCCGACGAAACCGCUUCGGAGGGUGAGGGGGCGAGCCGCCACGAGGACGACGACGACGACCGGCACCCGGCCGAGGCCAAUGGCAGGGACGAGCUGCCGAAAGACGAGGGGGAGGGAACAGAUUAGACGUGGCCUGUGCCAGCAAAGCGCAAGCCCCCAUGCCAAAGCCCAAAUCCCGCAGAAAGCCCAAGUCCUGCAGAAAUCCCAAAUCUUCACAGCAGAGCCCAAGUCCUGCAGAAAACCCAAAUUCCCAUGGGAAUCCUAAAUCCCUGCAGAAAUCCCAAAUCCCCACAGCAAAGCCUAAAUCCCGCAGAAAGCCCAAAUUCCCAUGGGAAUCCUAAAUCCCUGUAGAAAUCCCAAACCCCUCAAAAAUCCCAAAUCCCCACAGAAAUCCCAAAUGCCCACAGCAAACCCAAAUUCACAUGGAAAUCCUAGAUCCCCACAGCCAUCUCAAACCCCUCAGAAAGCCCAAAUCCCCAACAGACCCAAAAUCUCCACAGAAUACCCGAUCCCCACAGACAUCUCAAAGCCCCACAAAAAUCCCAAAUCCCUCAGAAUGCCCAAACCUCACAGAAAUCCCAAAUCCCUGCAGAAAGCCCAAAUCCCCAGAGACAUCCCAAAUCCCCGGAAGUCCCAACCACCUGCAGAAAUCCCAAAUCCCCCGCAAAAAUCCCAAAUCGCCCGCAAAAAUCCCAAAUCCCCCGCAGAAACCCCAAAUCCCCUCAGAAACCCCAAACUCCCUCAGAAAUCCCAAAUCCCUGCAAAAAUCCCAAAUCCCUGCAAAACUCCCAAACCCCCGCAAAACUCCCAAACCCCCGUAGAAAUCCCAAACCCCC